AGAAAAAAGAAGCACAGCAUUCAGAUGCUGUAGCUUUAUUGAAUCGUCCUUCUCAAGCAUGCAGCAGCACAAUGCUUCAAACUCAACCCACACCCACUGGACACCUGUAGUUAACGUGGCUCCCUGUAUACUCCUAACACUCUGCUCACUGGUGGGGAUUCCUGGCAACUUGCUGGUUAUCGUGGCAAUCCUGCGGAACAUCAGGCAAGCCACGAUGACCGUCAGACUGAUGCUGAACCUGGCUUUCGCAGACCUGCUCUCCUUGUUCCUGGCGGUUCCUUGGAUUCCGGCAUUGCUGGGCGACUGGCCUUACAACGAAGCCUUCUGCAAGCUGCUCUCCUAUGCGCUGUACAGCUGCAUAUACGUGAGCGUGCUGACAGUAACAGCCAUGAGCGUGCAGCGAUACAUACAGGUGGCAUACCCCUUGAAGCUGCGUACCUGGAAGAUGAAGAGUUUUUUGUUGCUGGGCGGCCUCUGGGUGCUGGCGCUGCUGCUCAGCUCCCCAACCGUGGCACUAAGGAAGCUGGUCAUCGAUAAGGGGCAGCUGAGGUGCCAGCCACGGUACGAGUCCCACGCGCAGCUGGCAGCACUGCUCAUGCUGGAGACGGCCCUGGGCUUUCUGGUCCCCAGCGUGCUCAUCAGCAUCUCCUACGCCAACCUCAUCCACCGAGUGAAAAAGUUGCCCUUCACCUCGAGCCGGAGAUUAAACAAGCUGCUCACCUGGGUGGUGGCAGCGUUCCUCAUUCUCUGGUUCCCCUCCCAUGUGGUCAACAUCCUGCGCGUCUGUGCCGUCCUGGCGCCAUCGGGGAGCCCUGCGCUGAGGAACGGCGGGGAACAUCUCCGCAACCUGACAGGAGCGCUCACCUUCCUCAACAGCUGUCUCAAUCCCUUCCUGUACGCCUUCGCCUCGCGUAACCUGAGAGGCAGCAGUAGCUUCAUGAAGAAGAUGGAGAGGGUUUGGGACUUACGGCAGCCUGACACGCCCCCCACAGACUCCCGGAAGCCCUCCCUGUGCACCCAGUCUAACCUGCUCGUCGUCCCCAAAGAAACCCCAGGUAUGAGGAGGGCUCAUAAACCUGAAGAGUGUAUAAAUUUAGGCUGUGGAAGGGGUCAGAUGUCUGUACAGCUUAUCAGUACAGAAGAGGGCAUGACUAACGUAAAGCACUGUGAGACAACGUAAUGUGUAAAUGCUCCAUAUUAAUAAAAUUGAAUUGAGUAGAAAGAUGAUGAAAUACAGACAUGCAUUAUGGGAGAUAUAUAUAUGUAUAUAUAAAAUGAGUGUUUAUGUAUUGUAUGUAUAUGUCUAUGUCUAUAUGUAUAUGUAUAUAUUAUAUUGCUUUAAUAAAUAAUGCUUGUAGCUA